GCACAUCUGAACAGCGACGGAAGCGCAUGAUGUGUCGGAAUUUGUAGGAACGAGGAAGACAUAUAGGCCAACCGAGAAGGAGAAGCCCGCCCUGGAUUACAGCUCUUUCAUGGAAUGUUCACUAAGGAGAACUGUGGUUUUAUUUUUUUUACCAUCGGGAGUUUGUGAUAUGCGCACAAAGGUGAUAUGCGCACUGUGGGACCCUGAGGAAUAGGCCAUCAAAGUGUUCUGCGCGAAAUCCAGUGACAGAGUUUCCAGAUAUUCACCAUUAUUUAAGCGCGCACUCUAAGCAAAGUGAGAAAGCGAUAAUUAGCGAUAAGAGGUAUAGCGCAUCUCUGAUUCUACGAUAUCAGCACAUCAUCGCUUUAGCAGCCUAUGGACCAUGGCAUCAAAUGAAGAAGCGGUUAUUUGUCCGGUGCAGGCACCUACGCUCGCCAAGCACAGGGACUUCUGACAUUAUUUACGCACCCUCAAAUAUCCGACCCCUGCUCUAUGCAGGGAGUAGAGGCCGGUCUUAUUGGUAAAAGUCAGGACUGUCAUAUCUGGCAUCGGUGAGUGGGAGGUGAUUGACACCGUGGACACAGUGAGUGGACCUCACUAAAAAACCUCUCCAACAGUCGUCGUGCCAUCCUCACUUCUUACUCACUGUGAAGCGCUGUAACGAGAGUGAUGUGGACUUUAUUUGGGACUAUUCAUCAGUAAAGCUGGCUGCAGAAGUAGCAGUCCUCCCUGAGCACCAGGCCUGACUGUUAAUAGCUCAGCUCAGCUCAGCCAGCCUGGUUCCCUCUCCUUCUUCCUGUGUCUGAUUCAGAGAGAAGCUCUGCCCAGCCCCCCCACCCCCACCCCCACCCCUCACGUUGUUGCAGGAGUUGAGUCUCUGUUGCCCAGGGAGGGCUCCAGACAUGUCCACCAAGGCGCCCAUAUACUUGAAGCGGCGGAGCAGGAAGGGUAAGAAAGAAAAGCUGCGGGACAUCCUCUCUUCGGACAUGAUCAGUCCUCCGCUUGGGGACUUCCGCCACACCAUCCACAUCGGCAGCGGCGGGGGGGAGGACAACCUAUUUGGGGACCUGUCCUUCCUGGAGGGGAAGUUCCACCUGCUCCCUGGGCAGCAGGGCGACUGCCUAUCCCAGCGCUCUUCCAUGUACGCAGAGCCCUUCCAGUUCAGCCAUACUGCCAGCAUCAGCGGACACACAGCCUCCUCAGAGAGCUCCCCCCUUCUGAAGAACGCCCUCUCUCUGCCCGUCAUUGGAGGGUUGCAGGCCAUCACCCUGCCCGUCACCUCUGCACCCCCCACUGUCCCCCACCUGCCUCAGAACGCAGCCCCCCCACCCAAACCUCCUCGACUGCACCUGGAUGACAAGAUCCUGAUGUCCCAUCACCCAGGCCUGGACUCCCCCUUGGCCCAGACUCCCAGCAGGACUUCCCAGUUCUGCCCACCCUCUCCCAGGUUUUCAUCAGACAACGAUGUGUGUAUCCAGGACCCCUAUCUGGAUGACCGGGUUCAGGAGCGUCCCUACUUGUCCAACGCAGGCUCCCUGCUCUCCCUGCACCUGGACCUGGGCCCCUCCAUCCUGGAUGACGUGCUGCAGAUCAUGGACCGCCAGCGCCUCAACGGAACCUGUCUGCAGGGAGGACGGCAAGAGCUCUACACCUGACCAUGGGAAGUCCUCCUCCCUCGGUCCCUUGUCCCUCGUAGUGUAACACAGGAGGUUCUGACCUCAACCAGGCCUUGCUUGAUCACAAGGCUGGGUUUGUACAGUAGUUUGCUCAUAUUAAGUGCUUUUUUUCUGGAACUUAACAUCAGUUUCUGUUAGUGUUUUAAUUGAUAUUGAAUAUCUUUCUACACUUUUCCAUAUUUGAAUUACUUAAUGUCGGAAGUGUUGUCUAAUGAGGUGACAUGAGCCAAAAGCUGACUGUUAAAUCUCCUUUGCCCUUCCUCCAAAGAGUACAUGAAGAGACUGGGGAAAGAAUACACUGCUGGUCAGGAACUGAGGUCAGCAUAUAUCUAUCUGUUUGGGCUAAUAUGUCAGUGGGAAGGGUAUGGUAAACCUGAAGGUCAGUGUUAGAUCUUUUUUUUUACUGCACCUGAGCUGUAGACUACUCUACGUACUCCGAAGAUCACAGUUUGCUGCGUGUGUCAUACAGAUUUAUCCAGUUUAUGAAGCUAUUCUGGAACAGACAUUCAAUUCAGACUCUACUUGAUUGGGGAUAUUGUUCUCAAAGACACACACUUACGGAAAGAUGAACUGUACGACAGGGAUGAUGUCAUCUCUGUAAGGACAGGGAGCCAGAGUGGGAGAGGAGGUCACCUCCCUGAGUCUCUGUCUUCAGCUUUUGUUCAUUUUUACUGCAAGAUUGUGAAAGUUGUAACUUUGUAUCAGAGGAGACACUGAGUGUUGGAGAGUACAGCAGUUCCAUAUCUGUCGUCCUUUCAGCAGAUCUACAGAGCAAAGCGCUCUGUUUUUACUGGCUCUCAGGCUCUGGUCAUUGAGAUGUUGGACACGCUUUGAUUCACAACCUGAGACUGCUCAUAAAGAGAUUCUCACCGCUGUAGCCAUCCAAGUCCUUGUGUUGCUCCAACUAUCUCUGUACCAACACUGAAAAGUUCACAAUCAGACUAUUACCAAUGUUAUUUUGAAUUCUAGUGACAAGAUACUUCAGUGUUUGCAGUACAAUACAGCGUAGAGUAGCUGGAACACCAAUUGCUGCAUGGGGUAUAUAUUUUUCUAUUUCAGUAUUACAUCAAUAACAAUGUAGCAAUCAACUGGAUAAUGAUAACCGGUUAAUGAUUCUUCACGGCCAGUAGCACCUUAAUUGAAGAGGAUGGGCUCAUUUUUUUAAAACUAACUAGGCAAGUCAGUUAAGCAGAAAUUCUUAUUUUACAAUGAAUGCCCAAACCCUCCCCUAACCCGGACAACGCUGGGCUAAUUGUGCGCCGUCCUAUGGGACUCCCGAUCACGGCCUGUUGUGAUACAGCCCGGGAUCAAACCAGAGUCUGUAGUGACACCUCUAAAACUGAGAUGCAGUGCCUUAGACCGCUGCGCCACUCAGGAGUAAAUCAUAGUCAUGGAUUGAACGGAAUAAAUGGAUUGGUAUCAAACACAUCAAAUAAAUGGUUUCCAUGUGUUUGAUACCAUUCCAUUCACUCCAUUCCAGCCAUUAUUAUGAGUCAUCCUCCCCUCAGCAGCCUCCUGUGCACCCUGUGCAUGCUCAAGUGAUUACUAAAUUAGAUGGAAAAGAACUCGGGCUCCAUAGCUGACAUGUUGAGAAGAGGACUAUAUUAAUAGACAUAUGUUGCAGAGAGAGAGAGAGAGGAUGUGAUUAGAGGUGCUGCAGUGCAGUCUGUUUGGACUCUGGGGGAGAGAGAGAGAAAGGAUAUGGUAAGAUGUGCUGCAGUGCAGUCUGUCUGGAGCUGGAGCCAGAGCCUGCAGUGCAGUCUGUCCUGCUGACCAUGGCCAGGCCAGAAUGGUGUUACGUAAGCCUGUGUCUGUUUACUCUGGAGCUCUGCUGACAGAUCUGCAGCCAGCCACUCAGUGACAGGGGAGCUGUACGGUGCAGAACAGUGUGUCAGGCUCUCCUGCAGCGUUUGGGACAGCACCUGUUGACAGACUGACAUCAACACUACUAACCUUCACUGGCUCCUGCAACUGCUAUAAAUCCAGAUUUCUAUAAUCUACUCCGUUGUAUGCUGCACCUAAUGACUAUGGUGACAUACUUUGGUGUUACUUUUUAAGUUGUGAUAUGCAUGGUAUGCCUCCUACAACAACUGAACUCAAGUUAUUUUGGCAUUUUUCCUAUUGUAUCUAGCUACUAGUCUAGACCUCCAAGUAAGUGUUGGCUGUUUUAGAAAGUGGUUGUAGCAUACGGAGCCAAAACCCUUUGUCGUCAUCACUCCGUUUAUCAUAGUUGCUAUGGCACUGGCUUCUGCUAAUACCUGAAUCGCCAGAUAUGAGGCUCCACUUCCCUACAUAUUUAUUUGGACAGUGAAGCUAAAACUUUUAAUUUGGUUCUAUACUCCACCAUUUUGGAUUUGAGAUCAAAUGUUUUAUAUGAGGCGAUGGAACAAAAUGUCACCUUUUUUAUUUAGGGUAUUUUUCAUAUAUAUACAUUAUGUUUUACCGUUUAGAAAUGAAAGAACUUUGUAUGUAGUCCCCCCAUUUUGAAGGUAUCAUAAGUAUUUGGACAAAUUCACUUAGUGUAUUAAAGUAGUCAAAAGUACAACUCUACUCUGUAACUUUCUCACUCAUCAUUAUUCCCAAUUCAUUCAUGAUUAUCUGUAAUCAUGGUAGCUUCUAAAUUAAUGUACAAAUGCUCAAACAUUCUAUAUUAUUUACAAUAAAAGUGACUCCAAAAAUA